AGAAUGAACAGAAAGUGUGAUUGGGAGUGAGGUGAUGCCUUUAGACUAUGGGAGCAUGGACUCGGAGAGUAGUCCAUCCCCAUCUAGUUCGGAGAAGACAGUGGAGGGGAUGAGAGGGGAUGAGGUGAUAGAGGUAGGGGAGGAAGAGGUAGUAAGGGUUGGUGGUAAUGAGGUGGUAGGGGUUGAGGGAGAUAGCAUACCCAUCACGGUAGUAGAAGUAGAGGGUAGAGGGGAGAGAGAUUAUGAUGGGAAUGCAGAGAUAGUGGAGGAGGUGAAGCAGUACCAAUCUGAACUAAGGACCAGGGAUAGCUUGGGUCACUUAGUUGAAACGUACGAGAUCUCUUCCCGAGUGUUAGUUAGGCUAGCUGGGGUAGAGGAUAGGGCGUGCUCUACUCCUCGGGAUCACUGGAUGCCUGUGUAUUCCCACUAUUUGAUGGCGGGACUCAGGUUUCCACUUCUUGAGUUGCUAAUAGGUUUACUAUUAGAUUACAACAUAGGGUUGACACAGUUGGUCCCCAACGCAAUAAGGGGGGGAAGUAGGAGGGAUAAGGGGUGGUAUUAUUUCACCCUUAGGGUAGCUAAGAAGGAAAGUAGGAUUUUAUUCGCUGCAGGUCCUUCAUCCAUUAAGGGAUGGAAGGAAAAAUUCUUUUUUGUGGAUGAUACGGAGUGGGGGAAGGGGGAUACCGAGGUGAGGGAGUUAGCCUCCUGGAAGGCCAAAAGGGCCAACCAGAAUAGGUUUAGCUUAAAUGAGGAUGAGGAGGAAGAAGUGAGGAAGUUGGUGAGGAAGGGGGGAGAUGUGUUGAAUAUCAUGGACCUCACCAGCGCAGCAUGCAUAGAAGCUGCUGAGCUCUAUGGGCCGAGCGCUCUGAGUGAAGGUUUGUGUAACAUGCACUGUAGCAUUGAAUGUAGAACAUAGAAUUGUGAUUAAUAUUGUGUUUCUUGCUUUGCAGCUGAAAUGGACCAGUUUUUAAACACUGCUGGAGGAGCGCCCAUCCCCAAGAAGCCAAGGAAGAAGUCAAAGACUUCGACCAGGC